GCGGCCGGCGGCGUCAGGAAGCAGGGGGAGGCCCGCGCAGGAGCUGGCCAGGACAGCCGCAGCACGACGGGCCUCGCCCAGACCGGGGACAAUGAUGGCGCGCCGUCGGGCGAGGGGUUUCUGCCGGACUUGGUACCCUGUGCGGUCCGCAAGAAAGCCAGGCCUCACCCCACGGCUGCUGAGCCCGGCUUGACGCGCACAGGGGGCAGCACGUGUCCCCCACCCGAGCCCGAAGAAGCAGAUAACAACGCCUGUGCGGAGCCCAAGCCUAGUGGAGCAAAUAGAGGCGGCAGCAUAUGUCCCCCGGCCGAGCCGAGCCGGCCGUCCACAGAACACCAUACGUGCCCGCCGCCCGAGCCGAGCGGGGCGUUAACAGCUGGCAGCACCUGUUCUCCGGCUGACCCCGGCUGGGCGCCGGCAGGUGGCAGCAGCUGUGUGGCGACCGAGCGAUGGCGCCAGAUCUUUGGCGCGGGAGUUGAACCGCCGUCCCCGGCGCCGGCGCCAGCGCCGGCCAACACCAGUGAGAGCGACUAUGUGCUGAUGCUCCCCAAGGCGGCACCCGAUAGCCCCGAAUACGCAAACAUCGACAGCUGCGCCUCUUCGUGCGGCGAGAGCGAUCUCAGUGCCCCUAGCGGCGCCAAGCUGAACCACGCCGCGCUUCACGUUGCCGGAGAGCUGCAUACACCAGCUGUCGUCGGAAAGCGCUCGACGUGCUCCGCCAGCAGACGACCGAUCGGCAGGGGCGUGAAAAUGAGAACUGACGCACUGAAGAGUGCUAAAAUGCCUGCCGCCAAAGCCGUGGCCAAGCGAGAGAACGCUUCCAGUCAGAGUAAGCGGUCCAGUGGGCACGCAGAUGGUGAUAGCCAAGUUCAUCAGGGGGCGCUGGAGGCCGACAAGGAGAACGUCCCACACGUUUCUCGAUCCCGGAGGAAAAAGCUUCCAUCGCCUCCGGUUUUCGGGUACGACAUCGACGACAUUAACAACUUCCUCUCGCAGGCGACGGCGCGCACGCCAGCCAACAUCCCGAUGGUGGUGACGAGUCGGACCGAGCUGUACGUGCUGACACCGGCGGCCACGCCCGAGGAGCCCACCGUGCCUAUCCACUUAGGUCUCGUUGUAAACGCGCUUUUCAAGCACCGCCAGUGGCUAUACGUGCAGACACCGCACAGCCAGGAGGGCUACCUGGCCUACAGCGCGUGCACGCCUCUGGGUGUCAUCCCGCGCGGCUCAGCCGCCUGGGAGGUUGCCGGGGACUUGUACCUGUCGCGCCCCCUGGCGGCCGGAGCCCGCAGCCCGCCGCCGCCGGACGGCGACCGGCACGCGCUCGACGUCCGCGUCAAUAAGACCGACUCGGAGAAGCUGUACGAGAACGUGACGAGCGACGGCCGCGCACUCGGGCUGCUAGUGGAACUGCACCUGCGCCGGGAGCGAGCGCGCGGCCGCCAGGGGGCGCGCAGCCACUCGACGGGGCGGGAGCCGGGCCGCCGCCGCAGCCCACCGCGUCGCGACCACAACAACAAGGCGGUGAUCUGGGACGGCUUCGUGAGCUGCGGACGGAACACGCUGACGGUGAAGCGCGGCGACAUUGUGAUACUGCUGAACACGUCCGUCGGCGAUUGGUUCUGGGUGAAGGACGUGCUCGGCCGCGAGGGCUACAUCCCGUCCGUUUGCGUGGGCUCCGGACUAAAGUAG